GGCAGGUUUCCGAAGAGAUCAUCUUCCAAGAGACAUCACUAGCCCUUCUGGAGGCCAUAAGAACGGCCACGAAGGGGCUGACUUGGCAGGCACUGACCGGCUACCACUGACAUCAAACUCUGUUGAGUUCCUGUCAAUGUACGGCCACUUCGCCGGUGAAGACUUAGAAGAAGAUGAUGAGGCCCUCGGUCCCAACGGCCAUGCCCAGUCUGAUAUUACAGCCGUUCCGAAGGAUAUUGGUGAAAAAUACGAGCAGAUACCUGGCGGCUCAAACCAUCACUCAAGUGCUCGGGAGAUUCUGAAUCCGGUUGACGCAUCUAAGCGGCCGCCAACACCGCCAGGCGUGAAGGGGACUAUGAGCAUAUAUGAUACUGUGCAUAACCGGGAACCCGAUAUUUUACUGGACAUUGCGGUGCCAGAGACGUCAACUCGGAGUGGCACUCUGAACUCUGCCAUUAGGGCCGUUCAUCGCAAGCUCAUAGAUAUCCCUUCUCCGGAAAUACCAAGACUUCAAGUCGGUUUCAACCCCCCUCCUCUCGACAGACUUCCCAAGUCUAAUAGCCCGAAGAUCCGACCUGUCUCUGAAGACGCUGCCCUUGUAGCUUAUCUCGACGGCGACAAACAUCCCGAGAUAGGCCAAGCUGCUAGCCACCAGGCAUCAUCUGGUGCAAGUCUUCCCCUCGACGAAUUUCCCAAGUCUAAUCGCCCGAAGAUCCGGCCCGCCUCUGGUGAUGCUAUCCUUGUUGCCUAUCUCAGCGGCGGCAGAUAUCCCGAGAUCGCUCAAGCUGCUAGCCAUCAGGCAUUAUCUAGCGCAGAUGAGGACUCUUCUGACUCCUCUGACAGUGAAGAUAAUGCCUAUUAUAAAAGUCCAUCCCGAGACGCCAACCCUAUAGAAGCCGAUGUUAUUCAGCGACCGGAUGGCUCCUCCAGGGCCCUGCGGGCCAUUGCCGCCGAUGCUUUAGCUGCGGGCGGCCACCUCUCCGGGGAAAAUAUGCUCAGCCCUAUUGAUCUGCCAGCCUCCACUUAAUACCUCUGACCUCGUAACGAUACUUUCCUAUAAGAUGAACCAAUAGACAAGCGCGCCGCUCAGUCCUUAGAAAAGGAGCCUGACAGAUCCAUUGAUGGCUGCGUUACAGCAGCAGCCAGAACAGC